AUGGCGUUUAACGGUCCAUAUUUCAUUCAUGUCUAUUGGUCAAGCAAAUUUGUUGUGAAGAAUGAGAUUGUGAAUACUUUUAACAACAUGCCGAACGAUUCCUUUGUGAUUGAUCAUAAGGUAUUGUACAAUGAUUUGGUUGGAUUGAUUUGUGAAAGAGCGAGGUGGAAUAGAGAGAAUGUGAAUUUGAGUCUAUCGAUUUUGUAUGAUACGGUGGGCAACGGUUUUAGGCGUAUCGCCAAAAUCAAGGACGACGCAUCGUUGCAAGUGUUGUAUUUCCUCCCAAAUUCGACAUAUAUUAAUUUGUAUGUGGAUGUGGAGGUGGCGGGUACUUCUAGGUCCCAUUUAGAAGUAGGGACAAGUAGUGGUAGACCGAAUGUGGAGAAUGUCGAUUACAUUGAAGAUGAUGAUGUGGGUGGACCGAUUAUGGAGGAUGGCGAUCACAUGGAAGAUAAUCACGCAGAAGAUGAUGAGGACUACACAUCGAUAAGUGAUCAAAGCGAUGAAAACCAAUCAAUAUCCGAAGGAAGUCGGGAGAGUGAUGAAGAGGUCGAAGACAAAUUUGCCAUAAAGGACAGGCACAUAUAUCGUUCACAGGGUACAUGGGAUCAUACAAAAGUGGACAAGGAUGAAUUUGAACUUACCAUGUGGGACGGGACAACCGCAACAAUCGGGAUAGGGACUUGUUUCAAGAAUAAGGAAGAAGCAAAAACUAAUAUUGCAGCGUGGAGCAUAGAGCAAAAGAGAGAGUUUUAUGUGAAUGAAAGUGAUGGUUCAACAUGGUAUAUUUGGUGCAAAUCCCUAAAAGAGUCGACCCCUAAGGGUUAUGUUCCUUGCCGUUGGAAGGUACGUGCCUCCUUGAGAGACCAUGGUUUGUGGGAGAUUGUGAAAUGGGUGCCCGAGCGCAACUGUAUGAAUGUCACCGAGGAAAAUAAUAAUCGGAAUGAGAUUGAUGCUUGUCAGUGGACUCUUGCCAAAGACAAACACUAUCGUUGGGGUAAUCAGACAACCAACAUUUCUGAGAGUUACAACAACGUCCUCAAGGGCGUUCGUUUCUUGCCGAUCCGAGCUUUGGUGGAAGCCACUUUUAUUAAGACUGUGGAUUUGUUCCAGGAAGAAUACGUGAAGUCAAGGAAAUGUAUUACGCCAGUCCCAACUGACUUGUGGGAAGACUUCAAGAAAAAAGAAAAGAAAGCCGCGCAACACAAAGUCAACCGUUAUGGUGCUAUUAAUGGCAAGUUCAAGGUGAAAAGUAGAGUCCGACUUGGUGGUAAAGGGGACAAGACGUACACUGUGAAAUAUGAAGAGAAGAAGUGUUCUUGCAAGAAGUGGCAAGAGUAUAGUUGGGGGUCAGCUGUGUUGGCGAAGUUGUACUUUGCUUUGUGUCAAGCUUCCGCACCCGGGAAGAAAGACAUUACUAGAUGCUAUAUGCUGAUGCAGUUAUGGGUUUGGGAGCGUAUCCCAAGACUUCAACCGAAGAGGAAGGUGAAAGAUGAGAGGUACUUGGUGUCGGACGCUCCACUAGUCAAUAGGACGUGGAUCUUUUGUUGGGCAAUCAGAGAAUCAUACGAGCCCAAUCGGGUCCUUCAUCAAUUUCAGUGUAAGCAAACUGUGCCAGAGUACCCGUUAAUCAAUGACAUUGAUCGCUGGAAUGCGAUACACCACGAAUGCCUUGGGACUGGAAAGGCAUAUGAUGAUUGGGUGCAAAAACACACCGAGGUACGACCUCAUUGGAAUGUGAGAGAUCAGCACGUGGUUCCUCAUGAAUUGGUUGAUCUGGAACUAGGUACUCAGUGCACAGCAGACUACAUGCCGUGGUUUCAAAAGAAGAUUAUAAGAUUUAUGACUGAUCCCACUCAAUACGGUCCUCUGGCACAGGGUUAUCACUCGUCUUCAUCUCUGGAGAGAUUUUAUUCUUUAAAUUUUAGCGACGUAUAUCAUCUCACUGAUGCAGCCUUACGGGAAAAUCCCGGCCUCGGUGAUGAUGAAGGCAAUGAAAGCGAUGAGGAUUAUUACAUUGGGGGCGAAGGAGGAGGAGGAGGAGAAGAAGAAGAAGAAGAAGAAGAAGAAGAAGAAGAAGAGUCCUCUCCACCUCGUGUUUCUUCCCAAAAGAAAAAGAAAACGGUCGAGGUUCGCAAGAGUGAUAGGGUUAGUAAAUCGGCCGAGAAGUAUACUCCCGGCGACAGUGCUAGAAGGAAGAAAAGGUCGUCCAAGUUCCAUUCUAUCACUCCCAAGGAAGAUGUCCUUAGUCAGAACGUAUUCCACUUUAAUAAAAGACCCUUGAUAGUUAAAGAUUGGUCAGUUGAAACUGGUUUUAAAUUUGAAGAUGUAAAGCAGGUGCCUGUCCGGAUUCAACUGCCAAACCUCCAACUGAGGUACUGGAACGCUAAAACUCUAAGUCGUAUUGUCAGUGCAAUUGGUAAACCACUGGAAAUGGACGAGAUGACACUGAUGAGGAAUAGGGCUGGAUACGCUCGAGUUUUAGUGGAAGUAUUAAUCUCUGACAAGAUGCCUAAUGAGCCGUGGUUUGAAGAUGAGUUCGGUGUAAUACAGAAACAGAAAAUUAGAUAUGAAUGGUUGCUGGUUCAUUGUUUGAAAUGUAAAGGAUGUGGUCACAAAACUAUGCAUUGUAGGAAGUCAGUCAUCACUGCUUGGUUCCCAAAACUGAAAGAAAAUCCAGAGAAGAGUUCUACAAGUGCACAAAAGGCUUCUGAGGAUAUCAUAGUUAGGGAUAUUUAUACAACCACUACAGCGCCAACUCAGAGUGAACCAAUAGACAAAGCCCCUAGAGGAGUUACCAGACAGUUAAGAGCUGGGAAACAGGUUAAUAAUGUAGGGUUAGCGUGUCUGUUGGAAACAAAGCUAGUAGGAAUUAAAGUGGAAGAGUUGAUGAGAACCACAUGGAAGGGCUUUGAAAAUGUUAGUAACCACGCGAAUACCAAGAAGGGGAGGAUUUUACUGAUAUGGAAGAAGGGAAGCUAUACUAUUUCCAACAUCCAGAUUGAGGAACAGCUGAUUCAUUGCUUAGUUCAGGAUGUCCACAACAGGCAAUUUGAACUGUCAGUAAUUUACGUUGAUCAUCAAGCUCAAGGGCAUACUGAACUAUGGAAUUCUAUGCUUACGAGAGCAGGGAAAGUUGGCAGAGCUUGGUUAGUCAUAGCAGACUUCAACUGUAUUCUAAGCUCUGAAGAAAAGCUAGGAGGGGUAGCAGGAACCAGUGCAGACACAGGCAAUUUUAAGAUGAUGGUUGAUCAAUUUACAUGGGUUAAACAGGCAUGUGUCUCUGACCAUUGCCCAUUACUUAUCACCUGGAGCAUUCAGCAGGGGAUGAGAUGUAAAGGGUUCAGAUUCUAUAACAUGUGGAGCAAGUGUACAGGCUACAAAGAAACUGUGAAAGACCGAUGGUACUCAGCAGAAACAGGCACCUUACAAUACCAGCUGGCCCAGAAGCUGAAGACUCUCAAAAGGAAACUCCUAAUGCUUAAUAGACAAAAGUUCCAGAAUGUUGAAUUGCAAGCUGAGCAAAAGAAAGCUGAAUUGGAGGGGAUACAACAGUUACUGCAAGCUGACCCUAAAAACGUGUGUCUUCAAGAAAGGGAAAACGAAUGCAACAGAGAGUAUUGGGAACUCACCAAAGUUGUCAUGGCAUACUGGCAGCAAAGAAUUAAGGAGAAAUGGAUCCAGGAAUGGGACUCCAAUUCUCGUCAGAAGAAUCAAGUCUCAGUAUUAGAGAAAUUUGAAGCCACAACUGGUUUUACGGUGAAUAUCCAAAAAUUAGAUAUGUACUUUGGUGGAGUCUCAGAGGAAUUACAGACCUGUAUCCAGCAAGUCAUGGGAUUCAAGAUAAGUAGCUUCCCAAUCAAGUAUCUGGGAGUAUCAUUGUCUUCUUCAGCAUGGACACAAGGUGACUGUAACUCAGUGGUAGAAAAAAUAGUUGCAAGGCUGAAAUGUUGGCCCACAAGACAUCUUAGCUACGCAGGCAAGCUAGUAUUGGUGAAUUCAGUUCUUCUCAAUCUCCAUUCCUACUGGACAGGAAAUCUUAGCUAUUGUACUGCAGUGUUAGGUCUUAACUUAUGUUUGCAUGACUUACCAUCAGCUGUUAACAGUAGUGGAGGACUAGCUGGCGUAACAGCAUUCUCCGAUGGUGGUUUACUCCAAACCAGCCAUGCUCAUGAUGGUAAGCAAAAGAAGAAAGUGGUGGUGCUGGGAACUGGUUGGGCUGGAACCAGUUUUCUUAAGAGCCUGAAGGAUCCAAACUAUGAUGUUCAAGUCAUUUCUCCGCGGAACUAUUUUGCAUUCACUCCUUUGCUACCAAGUGUAACCAAUGGCACUGUCGAGGCACGUAGCAUUGUGGAACCGAUUCGCGGUAUUGUUAGGAAGAAAAAGUUUGAUGUCCAAUUCAAGGAAGCUGAAUGCUAUAAGAUUGAUACAGAGAACAAGAAGGUGCACUGUCGACCGAGUAAAGAGAACAGCCUAGGUGGUUCAGAAGAAUUCACUGUUGAUUAUGACUACCUGGUUGUGGCAAUGGGCGCGAGGUCAAAUACUUUCAACACCCCUGGUGUCGUGGAGCAUGCUCAUUUCUUGAAGGAAAUUGAAGAUGCUCAGAGGAUUCGCAGGACUGUCAUUGACUGUUUUGAGAAAGCAAGCCUACCAAAUAUCAGUGAAGAAGAGAAAAACAGGAUCUUGCAUUUUGUGGUUGUUGGAGGCGGUCCAACAGGUGUAGAGUUUGCUGCAGAACUCCAUGACUUUGUGAUUGAGGAUUUAGCCAGGCUUUAUCCUUCUCUUAAGAAACACGUCAAAAUAACACUUCUUGAAGCUGGUGAUCACAUUCUGAAUAUGUUUGACAAGAGAAUAACAGAAUUCGCAGAAGACAAAUUCCAAAGAGAUGGAAUUCAACUGAAGACUGGAUCAAUGGUUGUAAAGAUAAAAGAUAAGGAGAUAUGCACUAAAGAUAGGGUCCGUGGCGAAGUGGCUUUGCCUUAUGGAAUGGUUGUCUGGUCUACUGGAAUCGGAACUCGACCAGUCAUUAUGGAUUUCAUGAAGCAGAUUGGUCAGUCGAACAGGCGAGUCCUGGCCACAGAUGAAUGGCUAAGGGUGGAAGGUACUGAUAGCGUAUAUGCUCUAGGUGACUGUGCUACAAUCAACCAAAGAAAAGUGAUGGAAGACAUAUCGGUGAUAUUCAAAAAGGCAGACAAGAAUAACUCGGGUAAGUUGAAGAUAGAUGACUUCAAAGAAGUCAUCAAUGACCUUAUUGAAAGGUAUCCUCAAGUGGUGAUUUAUCUGAAGAGAAAACAGUUAAAAGACUUCGUUCAGUUGCUGAAGACUUCAAACCAGGAUGCUGAGAUAGACAUUGAGAAAUUCAAGGCAGCACUUUCUGAAGUUGACACGCAGAUGAAAAAUCUCCCAGCAACUGCACAGGUCGCUUCCCAACAAGGUUCUUAUCUUGCUGAUUGUUUCAACCGCAUGGAUGUCUGUGAAAAGAACCCCGAAGGUCCAUUGAGAUUUAGAGCAGAAGGAAGGCAUCGGUUUCAUCCAUUCAGGUACAAGCAUCUUGGACAAUUUGCACCCCUCGGUGGAGAACAAACUGCUGCGCAGCUCCCUGGAGACUGGGUUUCAAUAGGUCAUAGCACUCAAUGGCUAUGGUAUUCAGUUUACGCUAGUAAGCUUGUAAGCUGGAGAACAAGGGCGUUAGUCAUCUCUGAUUGGGGCCGACGUUUCAUAUUUGGAAGGGACUCCAGUCGGAUUUGA